AUGGAAAUAAAAUAUACAUGUUUAAAGGAAGAAUUCUUGUUAGUUACUCAAUAUCACAUUAAUGAGAAUAUAUUAAGUGCACUUAAAGAAUAUUAUGCAAAAUACAUAAAUUCCAACCGUAAAUUGAGUCAGAUUAAAGAUUUGAGAACAUUAUUGAAAAUAUUGGAAAAACGUGAUGUUCUUAGUUAUAAUAAUGUGGAUCCCCUUUUGUAUAUUUCAAUUCAUUUUCUAAAUGAUCUACAAAUAGAGAGCAAACUAAGAGAUUAUAAAUUAUAUCUUCAAAAAAUACAAUACCCUUUAUCUUAUAAUAUGUAUCAAGAAUCAAAUGAAAAUAAAAAUGAAAAAUCAAAAUUAUCAAAUAUUACUGAAAGUAGUACAUCACAAAUAAAAGUAUCUAAUAAAAUAGAAAAUCAACCAAUAUCAAAAUAUAAAGGAUUUAAAAAUAAUUUUUCAUCAAAAGAAGCUAAACUACAACAAACGGUAUUAUCAUGCAUAAGUGAAAGAAUUGGUCGUUCUUGGAGAGAUACUGUCAGAUAUUUAGGUGUACCUGAAUAUGAAAUUGAUAUGAUUCAAACCAAACAUACUUUUAAUUUAAAAGAACAAAGUUAUGAGGCAUUGAAAUUAUACAUGAUUCAAUAUAGUGACAAUAAUUGGAAAGUAAAUUUAAUUCGUGCUUUAGAGAAAGCAAGACGUAGAGACUUGAAGGAACUUCUUGAAAAUUUAAUAUUAGAAUCAAAUUGUUAAUAAUUUUAGGGAAAUCAAAAAUAAAAUA